UGUCUGUUGCUACGGCAAUCGUUUUAAGCCGAAAUCUGUGGCCAAAUAUUGUGCGAUAGCGUUUUAUCGGUGUUGUGACCUGCACUUUGGAUUCAUGGACGUUAUUGAAAAUAGAAUCAACAGCAUUGCGGAUGAAGCCGAGGACGCGCUUAUUUCAAAAGAGAUUGAGGAAAUACGUCGGUUUGCUUUUUCAAAUCAGCUGAGGACAGGUUUCUUCGGACAAGAUGCCUGUGUCCAAACUGACGAGUCAAUGCUGCCAAAUGUAAAGGUUCUCGCUGCCAACACUGCAGAGCUUAUGAAGGAAAUGCAAAUUCUGAAGGGAAACACAGAAAGGAAACUGAAAAUAAUACAUUUUCAGUAUGAGACCAAACUGAAGCAAGAGGUUGAUGCCCUUUACACAAGUGUGAAUGAUAAAAUCAAGAGUUUGGAGAACUACCACAAUGAGAAAACAUCUGUUCUUCGAAGAAGCUUUCAGCAGCAGCUCUCUGAUGCAAUGCAGGUAGUCAGAGCAAGCUAUAAGAAAACUUACAGGAGUGAAGAAGAGAUUGAGCUGGUUUGUGAUGACACUAAUGAAAGAGUAAAGGAUCUUUUGAACGAGCUUCAAGAGAAGAGCCUAAAGAUUGAGAACAUGAGUGAACAGCUGAAGAAAUAUGAGAUCGCCUCAGAAGGAGUGGAGGACCCGGAGAAAAACAGACUGGAGUCAGAGAAUGAAAUGCUAAAAGAUAACAUUGACUCACUGCACGUCGAACUGGAAGAAAUUCGACAAGCCCUGGAAUCCAAAGAUCAGAGGCUGACUCUGGAAUUGGCACAGUUAAUAUCAGAGAUUGAAAACAGCAAAAAGGCCCUGCAAAUGUUGACAGAUGAACAUGAGCGACUGAAGAUGGAGUUAAGCCUUGAAAGGGAAAGUGACAAAAAAAAGAUAAAACAGUUAAAAGAGGAAAUGGAGAAAGAAACGGCAUGCGUUGAAGCCUUACGCAUGAAAGAGAAAACAGCCUUUGAAAAGAAGUUUGAGGAGCAGAGGCUGACAGAAUACACAACCAUGGAGGUUGUUGGAAAUACAGAGUUGGAUCAAAAAUUAAAAGAACUAAGAAAGAUUGAGGCAGAGCAGAAAAAUAAGAUUAAAAGCCUCAAUAAGCAGUUGUGCAUCUCCAAUCAGGUGUGGGAAAAGAAGUUUGAGAUUUUAAGACAGAGUUUCCAUGCCAUCAAGAAUGAGAUGUUCUUAAGGCAGACGUUGCAACGACAGGAAGCUAUUCUACACAACGCCUCAGUCAGCUUUGCGAUGGAUGUUCCUUUUUCAUCACAGCAGAAGAGUACAGCAGACGGUAGCUUUAAAAAGUUGUGCUCUACCAGUGUGGCUCCCUUGCCAAGUAUAGGUGCUGGAGGCCAGCAGGGGAUGCAUAGGGCGAGUGGAACCACGGACAUCAGUCUACAGAGAGAGAAAGGGGCAGAUGCUCUCCCUGGCUUAGAUUCCCAACUGGCCCUUGCCGAAGAGAAGGAUGACGAAUUCUUCUCCCCCUCUGAACAGGCAACCACCUUUUAAAACACUCUUUGUCAAAAGUCUUUUAAUAGAAUAAAUUCAGACCAUAGUUGUAAUGGACUGUUCUGAAUCCUUGCACUGUGCAUCUUCAGUUCAUCUACAGUUCAUCUACAAAUUGUUCUAAAAUAAAAGUUGUGUAAUGUUAUAAGUUAGAAAUGAACUCAGUCAUUGAAUAAUGAACAAGAAUCUAUGAUAU